AUGAACCAAGCAAUACCGCCACCCUUCACUUUCAACAACCAAGGCGAUGGCACGCAGAACACGAAUGCCGGCAGUGGACUUCAAAACAAUAACAACUCCCAUGGGACGCAAUACAACAAUUGUUUAGUGACAUUGGUUGGCGAGAGUCUAAGCCCUGAGGCCCAACAAAAAGACCAAAACAGGAUCGAUGACGACAUCCUUGGAUCACUGGUCUUCCCCGAGAUGCUAGAUCGGCGAGACAACAUCGAACAACGUCAUGGAAAUACGUGCGAGUGGAUUCUAGGACUGGAAGAAUAUAUGUCUUGGAGGAGUGACCCCUACGGUCUGCUGUGGAUCAAGGGCAAGCCUGGCGCCGGCAAAUCAACACUAAUGGCCUACCUACACGACAAGCUAAGGGAAUCGGAGGAUACUGGCAACAGCAUUCAGCUUGACUUUUUCUUCAAUGCCCGAGGAACGGACUUGCAGCGCAGACCACUAGGGAUGUUCAGAUCGCUGCUAAACCAAAUCUUUCGCAGCGAUCAAGCUGUGCGCCCUCAGUUACGCAAGUUCUACUCGGAUCGAAGCAAGAAGUUCGGUAAUGGUGCGCAUAAGUGGGAAUGGCCAGAGAUAUGGCUCGAGAGGCUAUUGGCUGAAGCUAUAUUGGCAUCGGCCAGCCGUCAGCGCGUGACUGUUUUCGUGGACGCCCUGGAUGAGGCUGGCGCCGAGGCUGCCCGGCACAUAGCAGAUUAUUUCUACCGCCUCAAUGAUGCUGCCGGGCCCACAGUCGCUGUCAAAAUAUGCAUCUCAUGUCGACACUAUCCAAUUGUUGACAGUUACGGGGCCAGGGAGAUAACUGUCGAGAAUCAUAAUCACGGGGACAUUUCCGCCUACAUCAAUGACAAACUCGCCCAGAUCCCGAGGUUUACGCGCACCUUUGAUCAAGACGCCUUGCAGAAUCUACGAGAUGAGUUAGUUCAACGCACAGAGUCGGUGUUUCAAUGGGCACAUGUCGUCACACCUCUCGUCCAGCGGAAACUUCUUGACGGACACUCUCCUAAGGAUAUCCAUCGCUGGGUACCCGCCGUCCCAACCGACUUGGAAGACAUGUACAAAUACAUACUGGAGUGGGUUAUAGACCCUGCAGAACGGGCCCAGGUGUUCUUAUUCUUUCAGUGGGUGUUACUAGCUGAGUGGCCCUUGAGCGUGACAGAGAUGCGUUAUGCCUUAGCGAUGGAGAAUUGUAAGAUGGCACGAUACCGAAUACGAUGGGAGACGAUUGAGGGGUUUGUCGAAACCGACGAAUGCAUGGAGCAUAGGAUCAAGGCGCUUUCCGGUGGGCUUGCCGAAGUAAUGUCGACUCUGAAUGGCUACGAGACUAUACAGGUAGUCCACCAAUCGGUCAAUGAAUUUUUACACGCAAAAGGACUUGCCUUCUUAGGCCAACUUGCCGGUGCUAGCACGUCGCCUAUUGGCGGCGAAAAGAUCCUCCUUCAAUGCCAAGCGUCGCUUUAUCAAUCUUGUUUGGUCUACCUUGCCAGAGAGGGGUCACUAGAGAGCGCCUGCAAGCGUGGACAAAGUGAUUUCGCAGCACGGGAUUUGUUCACCAAGAGACCAUUACUUGACUAUGCGAUCCUUCAUGUUUUUGUCCAUGCAGAAAAAGCUGGCGAAUGCCGUGCAGGCAAGGUACAUAAUGAAAUACAGCAACUGGAACAGUUGGUUCGCCGAUGGGCGCAGCUUUACCAUGUGCGGCACCCACAUAAGGCGAAGUACGCACCAAAAGGAACCACUCUUUUUCAUUUGGCUGCGGCGAGUAACCUGGUUGAUAUCAUAGACUGUAUGUCGUCCAAGAAAAAGAACUUGACAGAGAUGGACUAUGAUGGAAACAUGGCCUUGCAUUUAGCAGCACAAUGGGGUCAUAUCCAAGUAGCCAAGAUACUCUUGAAAAGCGGAGCGGACUUGGAGGCGAAGAGCAAAUAUCAAAGCACACCUCUGAUGGACGCAGCACGCUGUGGCCAGUUGGAAUUUGUCGAGUGGCUUUUGCAGAACGGGGCAGAUGUUAACAUGGAAACGAUGGCUGGAUGUGCCCUGGUAUUAGCUUCAAAAAAAGGGCACCAUGAUGUGGUGCAACUACUUCUGGAAGCCGGAGCAAACAUCAAUUCCCGGGGUGGCCACAUCAGCAACGCCCUACAAGCCGCUUCGUUGGGUGAAAACGCUGAGAUCGUGCGAAUGCUCCUCAAUGCCGGCGCCGACGUCAACGCCAAAGACGGGGAAUAUGCUGAUGCUCUAUGGGCUGCUUCACAGGCAGGGAGCGCCGAGAUCGUGCGAAUGCUCGUCGAUGCCAACGCCGAUGUCAACGCCCAGUGUGGAGGUAGGAACGCUCUGCAGGCUGCUGUAGCCAUAGGGUACGCCGAUAUAGUGCGAAUACUCCUCGAUGCCGGCGCCGAUGUCAACGCCCAGGGUGGUUGGUAUGAUGACACACCCCUACAAACUGCUUCAUUAGAAGGGCGUCCUGAGAUAGUGCGAAUGCUCCUCAAUGCCGGCGCCGAUGUCAACGCCCAGUGUGGGGGUAGGAACGCUCUACAGGCUGCUGCUGCCCGAGGGUACGCCGAUAUAGUGCGAAUACUCCUCGAUGCCGGCGCCGAUGUCAACGCCCAGGGUGGUUGGUAUGAUGACACACCCCUACAAACUGCUUCAUUAGAAGGGCGUCCCGAGAUAGUCCGAAUACUCCUCGAUGCCGGCGCCGAUAUCAAUAUCCAGGAAGAUGGCGAUGGUAGCCAGAAAAGCUGGAUU